AUGGCCGCGCCGGCGCCGCCGCAGCCGCCGCAGGCUCGGGCGAGCGGUGCCCGAAGGAUUUUCCAUGGGCCGCCUGCCGGGAGCCGAGCCGCAGCACCCACCGAGCGCCCGCACCCUCCGGGGACCCUGCAGCAGCCCCGGGUGGGGCGAACCCAGCCCGGCAUCGCCCAGCCCGGCAGCGCCCAGCCCGGCAUCGCCCAGCCCGGCAGCGCCCAGCCCCGCGGCGCCCAGCGCUCCAUCCCCGCUCCCGGGGCUGCAAAGCGCGGAGAGGGGCGGCUCUCGGCGGGGUCCCCGGGGGACGCCCCCCGCCCUGCCCUGUCCCCGGGCCUGCUGGCAGCCCUGUCCCCGCGCUCACCGUGGCCGUGGGAGCCCGCGGCGUGGGCAGGCGGUGGCGGCGGUCGGGAGUGCGCGGGUGCUGCGGGACGAGCCGCCCGCCGUGUGCGUGAGCCGCCCUGCGCCAGCUGCCGAAUGCACCACAAAGACCACCAUAGCCCCCCGGCCCCCCCACGCCACUGGCCAGCGCUGGGCAUGACACAUCCCAGUACCCCCCAGUAUCCCACCUCGACCCCCACCCCCGGCCCCUCCCGCCUGAUUGACAGCGCUCCCAGCCAAUGGACGAGCGUCGCCGCCGGGGGGGCGGGGGGCCCGCGGCUACAAGAGGGGCGGGAGCGGCGCGGGCAGAGCCGGCGGCUGGACCGCGGCCCCUCCGGUACCGGCAGCGGCUCCGCGCCCCGCCCGGCCCCGCCGAGCCGCCGCCUGCCCGCGCCGCAGCACAGGUAA